AAUCUGUUUGUUAAAACUAUGCAGUAUUUCAGUAUUGUAAGGUCAAGGCUUGUUUAGAAAGAAGAUUAUACGAGGUCAAGGUUUAUAGGUGUAGAACUUUGAAAUCUUGACCUGGCAUAUCCCUGUAUCUUUUUAUGUAUCUAUACUUCCGGUUGUUUUUAUCGAUUGCGCACGGCGUCGGGAAUUUUUCCUCUUUUCUCUCGAAAUUUUACCAUCUUCUUCUAUAUAUCUAUAUACGUUCUGUCGCAUAAAAGAAUACGCCAUGGUGUUUGCGCUUGCGCAGUAUUACUGAGCGAUUGAUUUCGCUUGGGUUUUAACGCGGUCGUGACAUGGGGUAAGUUUUCCAUUAAAACAAGUUUGUCUCGAAUGAUUUUUGUGUUUCGUGUCGUUAGUUGAUCCUUCUUACGAGCAAAGUUAAUCAUCUUUGCGACACGUAAAAGUUUUACUAGCUCUUCUGUCUUGGAAAUUGACUUUUAUUUGGUGCGUCGUGUCGCAUACAAAAAGCGCCGCUGCAAUUGCGCCUGCGCAUAUAUACUAAACCAUUGAUUUCUGUGGAUUUAACGUGGCCCUGACAUGGGCAAAAAAAUAGAAAAUAUUGGUAGAAUGACGGCCAUGACGCAGGAAGAAAUUAUGGCUGGUGCCAGAAUUGUGGCCCAGGGUCUGGAAGCUCUCCGUGUAGAACAUGGAGGACUUCUUCAAGCUUUGCAGACCCAGGAUGCGCCAGUCGCAAGAGACAAAGCUAGUUUAUUAUCAAAGAAUAUCGAGAUGAUAGAAUUAGGCCUUGGAGAGGCACAAGUUAUGAUGGCUCUUGCAAAUCAUUUACAAAUGGUAGAGGCUGAGAAACAAAAGCUUAGAACACAAGUAAGAAGGUUGUGCCAAGAAAAUGCCUGGUUAAGAGAUGAGUUGGCUGGUACGCAGCAAAAAUUACAAGCCAGUGAACAAGCACUAGUCCAGUUGGAAGAACAAAAGAAACAUUUAGAUUUUAUGGAAAGCAUGAAACAGUACGAUCCUGAUCCUUCCGCGGAUGAUGAGAAUGCUAAAGACAGGCCGCCAGAUGAUCCUGUGGUUGAUCUAUUCCCCGAUGAUGAUGCGGACGACCGAAAUAGUAAGUCAAUAUCACCGACACCGCCUUCACAAUUUGCACAACAAGUGAACGCUGGAUACGAGAUACCUGCACGUUUGCGUACGCUGCACAAUUUGGUUAUACAGUACGCUAGCCAAGGCCGUUAUGAAGUAGCUGUCCCCUUAUGCAAGCAAGCAUUGGAGGAUUUGGAAAAGACUUCUGGCCACGAUCAUCCCGAUGUUGCCACAAUGUUGAACAUCCUCGCUUUAGUGUAUAGAGAUCAAAAUAAAUACAAAGAAGCGGCGAAUUUGUUGAACGAUGCCUUGGCUAUUCGUGAAAAGACGCUCGGUGAAAAUCACCCCGCAGUCGCUGCCACGUUGAAUAAUUUGGCUGUUUUAUAUGGAAAACGGGGCAAAUAUAAAGAGGCUGAGCCGUUGUGCAAACGUGCCCUCGAUAUUCGAGAGAAGGUCCUCGGUCGUGAUCAUCCCGAUGUCGCUAAGCAAUUGAACAAUCUUGCGUUGCUGUGUCAGAAUCAGGGUAAAUACGAAGAGGUAGAACGCUAUUACCUGCGAGCGCUAGAAAUUUAUGAAGGUAAACUGGGACCGGAUGAUCCUAAUGUUGCAAAGACGAAAAAUAAUCUGGCAUCGUGUUACUUGAAGCAAGGAAAAUACAAGGAUGCUGAAGUUUUGUAUAAACAAGUAUUGACUAGAGCACACGAAAAAGAAUUUGGUGCUAUUGCCGGCGAUAACAAACCAAUUUGGCAGGUUGCGGAAGAAAGAGAAGAAAACAAGCAUAGAAAUAAAGAGAAUACUCCAUAUGGGGAAUACGGAGGCUGGCACAAAGCUGCUAAAGUGGAUUCUCCUACGGUUACAACUACCCUAAAAAAUCUUGGUGCAUUGUAUCGAAGACAAGGAAAAUACGAGGCUGCAGAAACAUUAGAAGAUUGUGCUCUUAGGUCACGAAAGGAGCAGACAUUGGAGUUCGUGAAGCAAGGAAAAGUUGCGCAGCUUUUAGGAGAAGAGAAAGGAUCGACGAGACGCGGCUCGCGAUCCAGUUUAGCUAAUAGCGAACACGAGCAACAUGACGAGGGCUCGCUGCCGCUGGUACAAAGGGCGCUACAUGAAGGACAGUCUGGCCACAACGACGCUAGUCCUAACAAACCCGGUUUUAAAAACAAGAUCUUUCAAGCUUUCGGGAUUCAUUCUUCCACGUAGGGUAUUCUUCGUUUGUAGUAUUGCCUGUUCGAUUAAUGCCCGGUCGCACGAUAAUUUUUUUUGAAAAAUUGCGUAAAAUUGUUUGGGAGAAGUUACAGUUUAGGUUAUUUAGGUUUCUAAAAUUCCACAAUGGUAUGAUCCAAAACACGUCGAGGAAUUCGCAAUUCUUUUAUAAAUCCGUCUUGAAUGAUUCUUCUUAAAUGCAAGCAUUUAUAGGAAUUUAUAAUUUUUUUCAAACGUAGGUACACAGACCUUCGGCAAAUUUUUGGGCAUUUGAUAUAUUAUUUUUUUCUCAGCCAGAUAUCCCCGAUUAACAAUGAUGGAAACACAUCAUAAUAAUUGCACAUUCUAUUAUUACAUUUAUUGAUAUAUAAGGAUUUAGAUAACCGUUUGUUGCUAUCUCCAUUUAUUUUAUUUUUUUUUUUUUUUUUUUUUUUUUAGGAAAAUAUCGCGUAGAAAAAGUAGACGAUCUUUUUCAAAUUAUUAUAUUUCCACUUAAACUGUGAUAAUGGUACCCUUUCAUUAAUUUCUCUCUGUCUUUUUUUCGCCGAAUUCUUGUUUUAUAUAUAAAUAUAUAUAUAAAACCUCGAGGAAACUUCGAUAUAUUCGUAUUCCGAAUUUUUUAAAAAAAGCGAAUUAAUUGAAAUUUGAUGGAUAGGUGCUUUUUACAAAGCAUUUGUUUUAUUGUCACAUUGCAUUAUUUAUCUUAUCUAUUAUUAAUUGUUCGAAACUUUUCUACGCUUGUAUUAUACACAAUCGUAUAGAAAGCUAUUAGAAUAAAAUAACAAGCUUCCAGAGACGAUUAUUUUUCAUAAUGAAAUUAUACGAAUCGAUCGUUUCACGUGUUAUCCUUGGCAAAAGUAGAAUAAUAAUAAUAAUAAAAGUAACAUUUUUAUACGCUCGAGCUAUUUUUUCCGUAAGCCAGAACACCGUGAAACCACGCACACAAAUUAUAUGUAGUCAUUUCUAGCAGCAGCUUUUGCUUAACUAUAUAGUUCAGUAUAGAUUUGCAAAGGUAACAAUUUCGUGAUGAUAAAUGUGCAGAGAAGAUUAAUAAUUAAUCUAACGAUUUACAGUUUGACACAGUUUGAAGAAUUAUUUUCUUGUAGUAGGUUUUAUUUGAUUUGUUCUUUUAGCAUAUCUUCGCAUCUUAAAUGACUCGAGCCAUUAAUUUACAUUCACUCUUUCAUUUUAUGUAAUUAACUCGAGUUUGAUUUUAUCUCUUUUCUCCUUUUUUUUUUUUUUUUUUUAAAGAAAGCAAAACAUUUCAUCUGGAUUAGGAUUACACUCGAUUAUAUAUCCUAUUUUAUUCUUAACUUGAUAUGAGGUGUCUCGAAAUUUUUCCUAAAAAUAUUUCGUACCAUUUAUUAUCCGAAUAGUAUUAUCCAUCUGUUAUGAAUACAAUUUCGUGCAAUAUGUACACACAUAUUUAUGUACAUUGUAUGCUCUCAACGAUCCCCCAUUUGUUUCAACGAACGGGUAUAUUUUAUUUUAAAAAGUAGAUCUCAAGAACAUGCGAAAAGAAACAGGAGACUUUACUCAUUCGGGCCACCUUGUAUCCUAUUUUUUUUUUCUUCAUCUUAUACUGCGUUUUAGAUUUCCAAUCUUAGAUAAAAGUAAAGAUAAAUGAGCAAAGAAAAUAUUCUAUCCGAUAAUAAUAUUAUUAUUCGAUAUAUAUAUAUAUACAUAGUACAAUGUUUCUAAAUUUGAUGAUCGAUUAUUAUGAAAGCUGGAUAUAUUCAAUAUAUAUAAGUAGUGCCUUUGAGAUUUUAAUGAACGAACGAAUAAAUUAUUUUUUAACUGAACACUGAUCUCCUGGUUGUUACUCGAUUCAUCGAUGUUACCAUCAUGGGAUUCCCUUAUGUCAUGCAUACAUAUUUUUUUUUUUUUUUACAUACCGUCCGUUUUUUCUUUUCCGUUUAUUACUUGUUAUAACCAAAUAAUGCAUAGAAAAAUCUUUGUAACGAGAAUGCGUGUAUAACAGGUUUGCAUUAUUAAUUUUCCUCGCACGCCAUUUGUGUUCUUAACCACCAUUGUUACCAUCCGUUUUUUUUUUUUUUCGAUAUCUGCGUUGUCGUUUUGUUUCGCUUUGAUUUGAGUACUCUGCGGGCCGGGACUUAGAUAACAGGAUGUCACUCUGGAGUACGAUUUCGUCUGGACAGCGAAAUACCGGGACGAAACUAGAACCGGGUCUUUGUAGAAGGACCGGAAGUAUUAUGUUCGUGCGCAGUAAGGGAUACUACGUAAGAGAGGUAUACGCGAAACGAUACCGCAAGGAUAACGCAGGGGCUCUGCAUUGUUUAGUCGAAACAUUGUUCGAUGUCCAUUUUAUCCGAAUCGUUUCACGUAUAACAGCACAUUCCAGCUGCUUUUCUCGAUUUAAUAAGAUGCAUCGUAAAAAGGAAGUACUUCAUGUUGCUGACGUUUUCAAUACGGGACGAUUUAAGACAUGCUAGCGACCGACUGAAAUAUCAAAUAUCAAGGGAAAAGAAACACGGAAAUAUAAGGCGAAUUGGCUCUAUCUUUGCUUUGAGAAUGUGUAUGUCCGAAUCAAAAAUCGUAUUCAAGCCGAUCAUUUCUUUCUUUCUUCUUUUUUUGCGUCUCUAGACUACUUUUCAACAGAAGAGCAGAAGAUAUUCAUCGCUGCAAGCAAUUAUAUUGACCUAAAAAGAAAAAAAGAACCGUAUUCAUGUAUUCGAUUCUUUCUUCGCGUUGUAUAGUAUGUGCUAACGAAUCCAUUAUUGGCAUCUACGUGCGUCUAAUCAGGUCGUAUACAUAUCCUUUUCGUUUGGUUCAUUAUACCAUUAAUAUGAUUGAGGUAACGUGACAAUGUGUAAUCAUUCCACGAGUUCUAGCUUCUCUCUAACAAAGUUCGAUCGAAGAGGAAAUCGGAUGAAAAAAAAAAAAAAGCAUUCACGUUUAAACAUAGAAGGAACCAUUUGUAUGUCGCUUAGCAUUAUUGAAUGUAUUCCUACACAUCAUACACACUGAGAGACACACACAUUACACCGUGCACGUUAGGAUAAUGCGAGUAUAAUCAUCGUCAUAUUAAAAGAGUGUAACAAGCUAGAAGGGGGAGAACUGCGCUUUCCCUUUCAUUUUUGUCUCUCGGGAUUUAUUUAUGCGGAGGAUCAACGAUAUAUAUAUAUUUAUAUAUAUAUAAACGAUAUUGGAAAAGAUUCAUCUUUCCUGCCACAUGUUGAUUUCUCUGCCCUAUUUAUAAUUGUACAUUUAAGUACUUAUAUAUUAUUAACGUAUUCGCAAAUAUUUAAUUUAUUCUCUCUGCGUUCGAUCCGUUGUUUAAACGACGAUAUGCAGCAGUAUAUAUUAGGACGGUAUCAAGUGCAAGCAUGAGAUGGUUAUUAUACAUAUAUUGUAUUAUAAGAUCGUAAUUAUUUAAAUUAUUUCUUUUUUUCUGUAGUCACUUUUAUUAAAAACGCGCAAAACUUGGUCUUUUGACAAAUUUGUAUAUUCCGCUUUAAACACCACGUAUGCUUUUAAAAGC